UUAACAUACAGAGAGAGACAUCCACUCUCAGCUUUAGGUCACAUAUCAACAAUGGAAUCAAAAGAACAUUUGAACUUGAUGAUACUGGGGGAGGAAGGAGCUGGAAAGAGCACAGCAGCAGACACAAUACUGGGAACACAAGCUUUCACAUUAAAGCCAGGUUCCAGCUCAGAUGUUGCUGUUGAAUCUAGUAAUGUUGGUGGAGUUCUAGUCACUGUUUACGACACAUCAGGAUUGUUUGAUACAGACAUAAGUGAAGAAGAGAUUCAGCAGAAACUUGAAAAUGUUCUUCAGAAAUGUGAAUCAGGUCUCUGUGUGUUUCUGCUGGUCAUCAAAGCUGACAGUUUCACUAAAGAAGUGAGAAAAAAUGUGGAGAAGAUUGAGAAGCUGCUGGGAGAAAAACGGUUGAAUAAAACUUGGAUUCUCUUCAGCAGAGGAGACAAACUGGAGGAUGAAAACAAGACAAUAAAAGAAUUCAUCAAUGAGACUGAAGCACUGACGAAACUUGUUAAGAAAUAUGAUCAGAGAUACUAUGUGUUCAACAAGAGAGGACCUAGUGACCAAGCUAGAUUACUGCUGGCAAAAAUUCUCCAGAGAAAUUUCAAGGAUCUGAGUCUGAUCAGUUUCAUCAGUCCAAACACUCAUGAUGAACCAGACACUCCUACUUCCAGUCCGUCAUCUAGAAGGAUUGUUCUUCUGGGUAAAACUGGUGUUGGGAAAAGUACAUCUGGAAACACAAUACUGGGACAGACAGUGUUUAAAUCUGGGAUGAGAAUGAAUUCAGUAACAACUGAAUGUUCAGAUGUUCACGCCACUGUUUCAGGCAGAUCUGUGACUCUAGUUGAUACUCCUGGAUUCUUUGGAACAAAGAUGAAACAUAAAGAUUUAUCAAUGCAGAUAGCAAGAUGUGUUUAUAUAUCCAGUCCUGGACCUCAUGCUUUUCUCAUUGUGUUUCCUGUGAAUAUGAGAUUCACUAAUCAGGAGCAGCAGAUUCCUCAGCAAAUUGAGAUGAUGUUUGGUCAGGAGGUGUUAAAAUAUGCCAUUGUUCUAUUCACAUAUAGAGAUCUACUAAAACAGGAAACCAUAGAAAAGUUGAUUAAGGACAGCAGUAAAUUAAGACAUCUAGUUGAUCAGUGUGGAGGCAGAUUCCACAUCUUCAAUAAUGAAGAUCAGAAUAACCGUGAGCAGGUGAAUGAUCUACUGCAGAAGAUUGACACAAUGAUAGAGCAGAAUGGAGGAGGAUAUUACAGUAAUCGAAUGUAUGAAGAUGCUCACAGAUUCAGACAAGCGGAAGAAAAGAGAAAACAUCAAGAGGAGAAACAAAGAGAAGAGGAGAUUGAGAGAAUGAGAAGUGAGACAGAGAAGAGAAUCAGAUCAGAGAUGGAAGCUACACAUAAAUCUGAGCUAGAAAAACUUAAAGCAGAGAGACACAAAGAGGAAGAAGAGAGAAAACAACAACAACAACAUGAAUUUAAUCAGUUUUAUCAACAGCAUAAAUCUAAGUUUUCUUUUUCAGCUUUUGCACUUGUUAAAGGUCUUCCUGGCAUUGGAGCAAUAAUUGGUGGUGGUAUUGGUGCAGCUGUUGGAAUUAUUGGUGGCCCUUCUGGUAUAGCUGCUGGUGGAGCUGUUGGUACAGCUGUUGGUGCAAUUAUUAUGAAAAAUAAACCCACUGAAAACUAGAAAAAGUACUAUUAAUUUUGAAGCCAGGGCAUCAUCUGUUGAGUUU